CAGCGGGCACUUCACCCGGCGCACCGAUCUGUCGGUGGUCUGCACGCGCCCACGUUCGCCCCUCUCGCUUGCCUGGGGCAAGGGCCCUACUUUUUUCUUUAGUGGCAACUGGAGGGAUUGCUGGAGCGGGUUUUUGAGUGGAGGGCACUGGGAAAUGAGUAGGGGGCGGGAUAUCCUGAGACAACAAGUUUGGCUGUAUGGAGGGCCUACCGACAGCGCUCCUGAGCUAGAACGCCGAGAGAAAGAGCCCCGGAGGAGCCGGGGAGGAAGAGAAGAGCUGCUAAAAGAAUAACCCCGAGAAAGGGGGUGGAGAGGAGGCGGCCCCAGCGCCCCGGCCCCCGGCAGGUCGGCGGCCAAUCCGCUGGGGGAAGGGGUGGAGAGUCGGAGGCUUCGGCGGAGAGAGGCCGAGGGGGGUGGGGAGUCGGCCGGGCUCGCACCGCCCUGGCCCCGCCCCCGACCCGCGCCGCCGCCCGCGCCGUGCGCCGCCGCUGUCAAUCAAGGGCGAGUCAGCCGGGCUCGGGCGGAGAGAGGAGCUGCUACGCCACAGCCCAGCGGCGGCCAUUCGCGGAAAAAGAGGCAGAGCCUGUGCCAGCUACAGCCUCCUCCGAGCCACCGCGGGCGGGCGGGACCGGCCUCUCCUCCCGCCUCGCCCCCACCCCCACCCACCUCUAUCCCAGUGUCUCCGUCUGAGGGUUUGUCCUGUUAAUGCGGGAUGAGCGAUCAGAAGAAGGAGGAGGAGGAGGAGGCGGCAGCGGCAGCGGCGAUGGCUACAGAAGGAGGGAAAACCUCUGAGCCAGAGAAUAACAAUAAAAAACCCAAAACCUCAGGCUCCCAGGACUCUCAGCCCUCUCCUCUGGCUUUACUGGCAGCUACUUGCAGCAAAAUAGGGACUCCUGGUGAUAAUCAAGCAACUGGACAACAACAAAUUAUUAUAGAUCCAAGUCAAGGAUUGGUGCAACUUCAGAAUCAACCACAACAGCUAGAACUGGUAACAACGCAACUUGCUGGAAACGCUUGGCAACUUGUUGCCUCCACUCCUCCUGCUUCAAAAGAGAAUAACGUUUCUCAACCAGCUUCUAGUUCGUCUAGUUCUUCCAGCAGUAAUAACGGGAGUGCAUCUCCUACAAAAACUAAAUCAGGUAAUUCUUCCACCCCUGGUCAAUUUCAAGUCAUACAAGUACAAAAUCCAAGUGGUAGUGUACAGUACCAAGUAAUUCCACAACUUCAGACAGUGGAAGGUCAACAAAUUCAAAUCAAUCCAACUAGUAGUUCAUCUCUACAGGAUUUGCAGGGUCAAAUUCAGCUCAUUUCUGCAGGUAAUAAUCAAGCUAUACUUACAGCUGCUAACAGGACAGCUUCUGGGAAUAUUCUUGCUCAAAACCUGGCAAAUCAGACAGUUCCAGUCCAAAUUAGACCUGGUGUUUCAAUACCACUGCAGUUACAGACUCUUCCUGGUACUCAGGCUCAAGUUGUAACAACCCUACCAAUUAACAUUGGAGGAGUGACUCUAGCUUUGCCAGUGAUAAACAACGUGGCUGCUGGAGGAGGGACUGGGCAGGUUGGCCAGCCUGCUACUACUGCUGAUAGUGGGACUUCCAAUGGGAAUCAAUUAGUUUCCACACCCACCAACACCACUACUUCUGCCAGUACUAUGCCGGAAUCUCCCUCCUCCUCCACUACCUGCACGACCACUGCUUCAACAUCUUUGACAAGCAGUGACACAUUAGUGAGCUCAGCAGAUACGGGCCAGUAUGCAAGCACAUCAGCCAGUAGUUCUGAACGCACCAUUGAAGAAUCUCAAACACCUGCUGCUACUGAGUCUGAAGCCCAGAGCUCCAGUCAGCUUCAGCCUAAUGGAAUGCAGAAUGCACAGGAUCAAUCAAAUUCUCUUCAGCAGGUGCAGAUUGUAGGCCAACCUAUCUUACAACAGAUCCAGAUCCAACAGCCUCAGCAACAGAUCAUUCAGGCUAUUCCACCACAGUCAUUUCAACUCCAGUCAGGGCAGACAAUUCAGACCAUCCAGCAGCAGCCUUUACAGAAUGUUCAACUUCAAGCAGUAAAUCCGACUCAGGUGCUUAUCAGGGCUCCAACUUUAACACCUUCAGGGCAAAUCAGUUGGCAAACUGUACAGGUUCAGAAUAUUCAGAGUCUUUCAAAUUUGCAAGUUCAGAAUGCUGGGUUAUCCCAACAAUUAACCAUCACCCCAGUGUCUUCAAGCGGUGGCACAACUCUUGCUCAGAUUGCUCCGGUGGCUGUUGCUGGUGCCCCAAUAACUUUGAAUACUGCCCAGCUUGCAUCAGUGCCUAACCUUCAGACAGUGAGCGUUGCCAACCUGGGUGCUGCAGGUGUUCAAGUGCAGGGAGUUCCCGUUACAAUCACUAGUGUUGCAGGUCAGCAGCAAGGACAAGAUGGAGUAAAAGUCCAGCAAGCUACUAUAGCUCCUGUAACUGUAGCAGUUGGAGGAAUUGCUAAUGCCACGAUAGGUGCUGUUAGUCCUGACCAACUCACACAAGUGCAUUUGCAGCAAGGCCAGCAAACUUCAGAUCAAGAGGUACAACCUGGCAAGAGGCUUCGAAGAGUUGCCUGUUCCUGUCCUAAUUGUAGGGAAGGAGAAGGAAGAGGCAGUAAUGAACCAGGAAAAAAGAAGCAACAUAUCUGUCAUAUUGAAGGAUGUGGUAAAGUUUAUGGCAAAACAUCUCAUUUACGAGCACAUCUUCGCUGGCAUACUGGAGAAAGACCUUUUAUAUGCAACUGGAUGUUUUGCGGCAAAAGAUUCACAAGGAGUGAUGAGCUCCAGAGACAUAGAAGAACCCAUACAGGUGACCUGAUUUCUCCCCUGCAACUUUAUUUUUAUUUUGAAAUAAUUUUACACUUAGAGAAGAGUUGCAAAGGUGAAAAGAGAUUUGAAUGCCCAGAAUGUUCUAAAAGGUUUAUGCGGAGUGAUCAUCUCUCCAAACAUGUCAAAACGCACCAGAAUAAAAAAGGUGGUGGGACAGCUCUUGCCAUUGUUACCUCGGGAGAACUGGACUCAUCUGUUACAGAGGUGCUUGGCUCCCCAAGAAUUGUCACAGUUGCAGCCAUUUCUCAAGAUUCGAAUCCAGCAACUCCCAAUGUUUCAACCAACAUGGAAGAAUUCUGAAAAGUUAUUUAUUACAAAGACCUCUAGUGCUGCACUUGUUUACACACCUUUGAAAUCUGGAAAUGGGCUGGUCAAGUGGAUUACAGAGUAGGAAAUUAUGUUUUCAUUCUUGGCUUCUUUAAGUAUUCCAGGGUUUGGGGUCAACACAUGAAGAGUUGAAUUUUAAAAAAUACAAAAAGUAAACUGAUGUACUGGAAACAGAAAAGUAUUUCCUCCAUACUAUAAGUUGUAGUUGUUUUGAAAUAUAUCACAUAACCUUUAGACAGAAUCUUCCCAUCUCUUAAUAUCAUGUGUUAACAUGUUUAAAAAGACCUUAUUAGUUUGCAGGCUGGACCUUAAUUGGACUUAUUUUCUUUGAAAGUACUUUGUUAUAAAUUCAGUCAGUAAUAAUUCACAUGUUUUCUUUUUCUCUAUAGCACAGAAAACAGAUAGUUAACUGAUGAUAGGGAUAAUACCGUAUUUCCUUAGCUUGAUUUUUGGAAAAUCAACCGAAAAUAGUUUUGGCCGUCUUUUCUAAAUGUUAGAAAUUCUUCAACAGCUGAAUUAGGUAAGUUCCAAAACAGUAAUCUGAGAUGCAUCUCAGAUCUUUAUUACCACUACAUUAUAGUAGUGUGUAUGCAGACAAUCAGUGAAGUCCAAUUACUUUCUCCAUUUGGAGACACAAGAGGAACUUAGAGUUAAAUCUUAGGUUAAAUUUUAGGUUGACAACUUAGGAAAAUGCUGGGGAAAAAAUGUUAAAACAAAACUCAUCAUAGCUUCAGAAAAAUAAAAUGAGGCAUCUUAACAUGCAAUGUUCUGAAGUUAGGAUUGAUUAUAUUCCUAACCGUAGGUUGAACCACAGAAUUUCAUUUAAUAUGUUUAUAUUGGAAAUAUUUGCAUAGAGUGUAAAUUGUUCUGUAGUUUCGUAUUUUGUAAAUAUGAGUUAUGUUGACAAUGUGCAGAAUUCUUUAUGCUUUGACUUGGUAGCCAAAGAAAGAAUUAUACUUUUUUCCAAGGCCAGCAGAAAAUUAUCUUUUAACUACAUUGUAAUUUCUUGUUUUCCUCUACUAAAAAUUGGCCAGUCCCAUUUUAUUUCUAGUGCUGUGUUAGAAAGUAAUUAGAAAUUAUAGCACAGUAAUGUUUUUAUGUUUCAUCAAUAACUGAAUUUUCCCUAAAAAUUGGCCUAAUAUAUAAUAGAUAUAUUAUGAAGCAAAACUUUUAUUUUUGAAAAGGCAGAAUAAUUUUCAGUGAAGUAAGUGACUAAAGAAAAAAAUAUAUUGUUUAUGCAAGGGUCUUACAGGAAAGGGUCUUUUUUUUUUGAGAUGGAGUCUCACACUCUUGCCCAGGCUGGAGUGCAGUGGCACGAUCUCAGCUCACUGCAACCACUGCCUCCCGGGUUCAAGCGAUUCUCCUGUCUUAACCUCCUGAGUAGCUGGGAUUACAGGCGCCCGCCACCACCACUGUCUAAUGUUCGUAUUUUUAGUAGAGACAGGGUUUCGCCAUGUUGGCCAGGCUGGUUUCAAACUCCUGACCUCAGGUGAUCCGUCCACCUCGGCCUCCCAAAGUGCUGGGAUUACAGGCAUGAGCCACCGUGCCCAGCUAGGAAAUGGUGUUGUUAGGAAAGAUGGCCAAAAGUUUCAUAUGAAAAAAUCUGGAUUAUACCAGUAACUUAAAUAUUAAUAAGGAUAUUUUAUGUUUUAAAAAAGUAUUUACACAGAAUCAUAAUCAGUGAAAUUGACCAUUUGAAAACUAAAGUUUUUACCUACCUGCUCAAUUUAUUAACAUAAUUACUUUGGGGACUGUUUGAAUAUAGGUACGUAUUUUCUUGUGCAUUCUCUAUAAUUUCAGGAAAAGUACUACUCAUGCGAAUUCUCUUCCAAAAUUGUGAUGUUUCUUGUAUUUUUGAUGAAGGAGAAAUACUGUAAUGAUCACUGUUUACACUAUGUACACUUUAGGCCAGCCCUUUGUAGCGUUAUAUAAAACUGAAGGUCUUUUGUGCUUUCAGUUUGUAUAAAAAAGCUUUGAGAUUAAAGGAAAAAAAAAUUUUUACACUGUGGUUAUAAAUUUCAAGUUUCUUAAAGCUUUUGUAGACUUGUAACAGAGUCUUUAAAUUUUAGUUGGAUUUUGUAAAUUGUUUUGUAUAUUUUAUUUAAUGUACUCUUAACAACUGAUGUAUCUGGCUUUAAAACAUCAGAAUUGGUUUGUUGUUUUGUUUGGUACAGAAGAGCAUUUGGUAGUGUUAAUUUUAAUUUUAUUAUAUAGGAGCUGAAACAUCAAAUAUAUAUUUUAUCUAUCAUUAUGCUACACAAUCAGUGCUAUAAAUUUUUUUACGCAAAGAAACUUUCUUAAUGUUUUAAUCAUGUUUCCUCAGAGUGACACUUUUUGUUGUUGUUAAUACCAAGUAUGAACACUCUGCAUCAUUAUUCCAUGAACCAGUUCUAAUGCAAACCUAUGUAUGUCCAUUAGAAAUGGAAGUUAUUUUUUAAUCAACAAUGAGGCCUAUUAUAAAUUUAUCAAAUGAAUCUGGAUAGCUUUAUAGCAUAUAAAAUAUGUUAAUUUGUGUUAGCAGGUGCACAUUUCACCACUGAAAUUGAAAUAUUUUGACAGUCUGUUCUGCAUACCAUUCUGAGUCUACUUUUCUGUCUUUAGAAGAAUCGUAAAUUUCAAUGUCCUUUAUUUGACUCAGUGGGAUAUAGCUGUUAUAAGUAAUAGGGCACAGAUGUGCAGUAGAGUCUUGUUUAAUGGCAUUUCACUGUUCAUUCCCUUUACCACCGUUAUAAAACUUUUCUUUAUUGUAAUUAUCAGUGCAAAGCUAUGUAUUUAUCAUGGUAAAACUCCAGUGUUAGAAUAGUUUUUUCUUACAGUAUACUUUCUUUGGUUAGGUUUGUGUAUGUGUUGCUGAUUACAUUAGAACUUGAUGUUAAGUCAUUAUUUAUCAUACUCUCAUGAGAGCAGUAAUAAAAAUGUGUAAUCUAGGAGAAAAAGUUAAUUUGUCAAACUUAGAUAAGCAUGAUGUUUAGGUCCUAUUUUUCAAUUUUAUAACUGUUUUAUUGCAACAAUAUUUGUAUUUAAGUCUCCAUUUUAAUGCCUUGUGGUGUUUUUUUAUGCAUGUCACUAAGUUGUCAUCCCACAUAAAUUGAUGUGCAGCAUAGGGUAUUAAAUCUACAUAAUGAUUUUAAAACAGAAAUAGUUGAUGGUAAAAUGUAAAUGUUUUGCAAAAAUUCCUUAUAAAAAGUUUUGUAGUAACAUUUCACUUGUAAAUUUUUUUUGUAAAAAAAAAAGAAAAUGAAAAAAAAA